UCCCGCGGGAUGUGGCCGAUUACCCAGCAGCGGAGGGCGGAGCCGGGGACGGAGGCCGGCCAGAGUGGAGGCAGGUCCGGGCGCAGCUCGGACGCUGGCAGGUCGGCGGCGGGGGCCGCGGCGGUGACGACAGAGCGGCCGGGCCCCUACGACCCGGGGCGGGGCUCUGCGAUCCAAGCGCUCGGCUCCCCGAACGAGGUGGGCGGGCGGCUCGGUACCCUGGCCAGGGCCGGCAUGGAGCGGUGGCGUGACCGGCUGGCACUGGUGACGGGAGCCUCGGGGGGCAUCGGCGCGGCCGUGGCCCGGGCCCUGGUCCAACAGGGACUGAAGGUGGUGGGUUGUGCCCGCACCGUGGGCAGCAUCGAGGAGCUGGCUGCCGAAUGUAAGAGUGCAGGCUACCCCGGGACUUUGAUCCCCUACAGAUGCGACCUGUCGAACGAGGAGGACAUCCUCUCCAUGUUCUCGGCGGUCCGCUCUCAGCACAGCGGUGUGGACAUCUGCAUCAACAAUGCUGGCUUGGCCCGGCCAGACACCCUGCUCUCAGGCAGCACCCGCGGUUGGAAGGACAUGUUCAAUGUGAACGUGCUGGCCCUCAGCAUCUGCACACGGGAGGCCUACCAGUCCAUGAGGGAGCGGAAGGUGGAUGACGGGCACAUCAUCAACAUCAACAGCAUGUGUGGCCACCAAGUGCCACCCCCGUCCGUGACCCAUUUCUACAGCGCCACCAAGUACGCCGUCACCGCGCUGACGGAGGGGCUGAGGCAGGAGCUUCGGGAGGCCCAGACCCACAUCCGAGCCACGUGCAUCUCUCCGGGAGUGGUGGAGACACAGUUCGCCUUCAAACUGCACGACAAGGACCCUGAGAAGGCAGCUGCCACCUAUGAACACAUGAAGUGUCUCAAGCCUGAGGAUGUGGCCGAGGCUGUCAUCUAUGUCCUCAGCACGCCCCCACACGUCCAGGUGAGUCCGGCCCCUUGGCUGUCCAUGCCCCGGAGCAGCCCAGCCAGCCCCAGAGGAGGAGAGCAGGGAGGCCUUAAUGGGGUGGGGGAGCGUCCUGGCUUCCUCAAGCCUUGUGCCUUCUGCAGAUUGGAGACAUCCAGAUGAGGCCCACGGAGCAGGUGACCUAGUUUCCUGUGGGGAGCUCCUCCUUCCCUCCCUGCCCCUCACGGCUUGGCACCUGCCUCUGCAUUUUGGGUGUUGAUUUCUGGACCCUUGGAUUCCCCUUCCUUUCCCCACCCCCCAGCCCCAGGGGCUAGAACACUUGUUUGAGGUUUUUAUAUAAUCUUGUCAAAUUGUUUCCACCAUGAAUAUGAAAAAUGGGCGUGAAUAUGAAAAAUGGGCGGGGGAGAGGAGUUGGUAUCCCUGAUUAUCUUACCUGCUGAUUCAUGCUUGGUCCCCUUCAUGGGCUCCUUGGCCUUUGUUUGCUAUCCUCGGUCUCUUCCUUUUGACUUGGGGAAGGGACAGUGGCCAAAAGUGGGGCUUUCCCCUGUCUUCUCGUACCCCACCCCCAUCCCUUGAGGAUGAAGCGGCAGAGGAGCCCUCACCUUCCACCUGAAUGGUUAUCGAGGCUCCAGGCUUCCUCCUCUCCCUGCCCCACCGCCCCCACCGCCCCUUCUUUUUCCCGUCCCAGUUCUCCAGCCCCACUGUGGCUUCUCAGCCCCCCCGGGUGGGGUCCUCAAUCCAUUCUGACUACACCAGGGCCUGCCUCCCAUGUGGGUUUCACUGUGAUCAUUAAAAAAGAAAAAUUGCAACAACCUACAUCCGCUUCAGAAGUGC